AUGGGCGUUACUGGAGCGUUUCUCGGUGGCGGUGGAGUGGUGGUGGUGGUGAAUCGCUCUGAAAGGGUGUCGGGAGCGGGAGCGCGCGGCGGCGAGGCUGCAGGGAUUGAGCGCGUAUCCCGCGCUCAGCUCGGGGAGGAGUCGCGCGCAGACUCCGAGAGGCGGCGCCUCCCACGCGCUCCAACCGGCGACGAUCCGCGAGCGACCCAAAUAAAACCCAGCCUGCGGUCCCGCAGCCCGGUCCGGUCCAACCAGGAGGAUUCUGCUCAAAACAACAGCACUGCUAAUCUCCAGGUGAUUUACUUCCUACCACCUAACCUCCUACACCCCAAACUUCUACCCCCCAACAACCUCCUACCCCCCAACAACCUCCUACACCCCAACAACCUCCUACCCCCAACAACCUCCUACCCCCAACAACCUCCUACACCCCAAACUUCUACACUCCAACAACCUCCUACACCCCAACAACCUCCUACCCCCCAACAACCUCCUACCCCCCAACAACCUCCUACCCCCCAACAACCUCCUACCCCCCAACAACCUCCUACCCCCCAACAACCUCCUACACCCCAACAACCUCCUACCCCCCAACAACCUCCUACCCCCCAACAACCUCCUACCCCCCAACAACCUCCUACCCCCCAACAACCUCCUACCCCCAACAACCUCCUACCCCCCAACAACCUCCUACACCCCAACAACCUCCUACCCCCCAACAACCUCCUACACCCCAACAACCUCCUACCCCCCAACAACCUCCUACCCCCCAACAACCUCCUACCCCCCAACAACCUCCUACCCCCAACAACCUCCUACACCCCAACAACCUCCUACCCCCCAACAACCUCCUACCUCCCAACAACCUCCUACCCCCCAACAACCUCCUACCCCCAACAACCUCCUACCCCCCAACAACCUCCUACACCCCAAACUUCUACACUCCAACAACCUCCUACCCCCCAACAACCUCCUACCUCCCAACAACCUCCUACCCCCCAACAACCUCCUACACCCCAACCUGUUACCCCUCAACAACCUUCUACCCCCCAAACGUUUACCCCCAACAACCUACUACCCCCAAAAUUUUACCCACAACAACCUCCUACCCCCAAAAACAUUCGGCCCCCAACCUUUUACCCCCAACAACUUACUACCCCCCAAAAACACCUACAACCUUCUACUUCCCCAACUUUCUACCCCCAAACUUCUACCCCAACAACCGCCAACAACCCCCUACAACUUUCUACCCCUCAACCCCCCCCUUUCUCAUCAUGGUGA